GUGAAACGUUAACGUGAGUGCCGCCGCGCGUCCGUGAGUGAGAUCGACACAUGUGGGAGAAGAGCAAGGAUGAAGAAGCUUUCUACGCUCGCAUGUUCCAGCUGGCUGAUGUGGACAAAACAGGCAAGGUGGAAGGCAAGAGAGCCGUGGAAUUCUUCACCAAGAGCGGGCUCCCCGCCACGAUCCUCAAGCAGGUGUGGUCGCUGGCCAGCACCAACAUGCAACCUUACUUGAAUCAAGACGAGUUCAACGUCGCGCUUGGACUGAUUGCGUUGGCGCAACGAGGGGAUCCGUUGGAGUUGGCGCGCCUCGACGCGUUGGGCAAGUCGCACUUGCUUCCGUUGCCAGUCCUUCACACAAUCAGUGGAGUUGCCAUGUCGAAGGACUUUGUGAUGGCCGCGUCCGACGAAGCCAAGUACAAGACGCUUUUCCGCGAUGCCGUCGGCGGCGACAUCACCAUCAGUGUCGCCGCCGCCAUGGACUUGUUUCAAAAGUCGGGCCUGCCCCUUCCCGAACUGCACGACAUUUACCGGUUGGUGGACCACGGCAGGUCGACGAGCACUCCAUUACCUGUGACCUCGUUCACCAUCGCCAUGCACCUGAUUGUGUGCAAGACGCGGCGCGGCAUGUCCGCGCUCCCGACCUCCAUUCCCAUGGAACUCUUCCCCACGCUGGAGCUGCCUCCGAUCGCUCUGGACCACGUGUCGUCUGGCCAGUCACCGGCCGCCAUGCUGGAGCUGCAGCUCGGGGCUCAAAAGAAGCUGGUGGAAGCGCUAGCUCGAGUCCCCAUCCCCUCUUCAUCCCCGCAAUCCACGUUGGACAUUCACCUGGAUGCCGUGGAAGCAUUGGGGUACGUCCUUCCUUCCCGCCACACGACGGCCAUCGCCGACGGCGCGGCCCUCUCCGAACUGGAAUCCGUGCUGCUGCGAUACAUUGCCCAAGUCACACAAGAGCUUCUGGAGCUGCAGAACUCGAAACCAACCUCUGCGGUAGUGCCCGUGCAGACGCUGCUGCAGACGCUGGCCAACCUCAAGCAGCAGUCCACGCGGCUGGUGGAGCAGAAGGAGGCGGCGCUGCGUCGACUUCAUCCGCCUACUCUGCACAUUGACACGAAUCAAGAUGGAGUCGGGCGGCCUAGUUGCUUUGACUCGACCUUUGACCACGACGCGGCCCCAACUACUAGUAGUACUACGUUUCAAACGACAACUACUACUAGUACUCCACAAGUCGAUUUCUUUGCUUCCAAGCCAGUGAUGGCGGGUGCUGCCGCGCCGACGUUUGUUGUCCCCAUGGACGGCGCUGGCUUGUUCUCGCCAUCUCUAGACAACCAUUCCUUUGCCUUUGACGGAUCGAGUGGCGGCGGGGCGUCGGCGGCGGGCACGGGCGGCAGCACUUCCAACACACAACCGCCGAACCAUCCGUCGUUUUUUGGUCCCCCGACGACGCAGACGUCGGUUGCUGUCCUCGAUGCGUUUGCCUCUGCCACCACCACGAAUACCAUCUCAUUUGAUGCGCUAGACGCGAUGAACGACAUGGAUCUGAGUGUUGGGGACAAGUAUUACAUGGUCGGGUUGUCUGAGGGGGGCUUGGACGACGACAAGGCGGCGGCGGCAUCCUCCUCCUCUUCUUUCCCCCCGACAACCACCCCCGCUCGGUCAACGUCCGACUUGAAGCAGUCGGUUGUGGACACGUCUCGUCCGAUCUCCCGGAAAGCAUCGAUCGCCGCCGCCGCCGUUCCGCCCCCUCCGCUCGUGGCUCCUCCCACGAAUAGUAGCCCCGGGUUUGCGACAGAGUUUGCGACAGAGUUUGCCGCCGCCUUUCCCGCCACCAGCACCACCACCACACCACCGUCCUUUGCAACACUGUUCGACGACCAACAACAGCCAACCAGUGGAGCCCCGUUCGACCCCCCCCCGGCAUCGUCGUCGUUUUUUGCUGCGUUUGGGGACUUUGUUGACACCACGUCGUCAUCAUUUGAAGCAGCUUUUGACACCCCCACGACGACAAUAGCCACCACCCCUGGGUUUGGAGGCGACAGUUUGUCGGGGGCUGCCGCCGCCUCGUCGGGGGAUCAGCCUCCUCCUCGUCCCCCGUCUUCUUCGCCCUCGUGUUCCGCAUUGGUUGGCAAAGACACGACCAUCAGUAGCGACGACACGUUUGGCCAGUUUGAAGCAUCGUUCGAGGCAUUUGGCAUCAACAAUGCCGAUGCGACAGCGUCUUGGAAUACCGCUGUCGCAGAUUCCGACGGGUUCAGCAGUUGGUUUCCAUCCGACUCGACCACCACCACCAGUAGUAGUUCAAGAGCUCCCCCCACCGAUGACGCCUUUGACCCUUCGUUUGGACACUUUACCACGAGCGCAACCUCAUGCGACGACAGUGUCGCAGACAGGUCUAAAACGUCAAACGACGAUCCCAUUGGAGGAGGCAUAGGUGGCGGCGGCUUUGAAAACGAUGUCACAGGGUUUGCCGCCAACGUCACUGAAAUCGUCGCCGUCGUUCAAGACACUAAUGACCCACAAGCCGAUUGCAGCAGCUGGACGACCGGCACCGCGUCGCAUACUAGCCAACCACAUAAAGACGAUCACAUCUCGGCUACUACUAGACGAAUUAGUGACCAAGGAAGUAGUAGCCAAGGUGGUGAGGCUGGUGAUACUGCUACUGCAUUCCAGAGUGACCAAGGCGAUGCCGACUUUGCAGCGUUGGACUGGUCCUUCCAAGCAGCAGCACUCCCGUCGCCUGUACCUGAUGAUGGUACUAACCACCACAUGUCGAACAGUCCCAUCGGCCAAGCUCAAGGCGGCCACUUCCCCAUCGAUCAAGACACGGCUUUGAAUGGAGCAGCUGUGACAUCGUUCCACGACGAGGCGGUCAAGACCGAGCCAACGGUGUCGCAGAUUGCCAGCCCCCCUCCGCUUCCUUCCCACCAAGAUGCCGAUUCCGUAGCAGUGGACGGAUGUGGAUGCCUCUUUGGCCUUCCCCAUGACGACCCGACCGACGACGACAAGAUGUCGCACCCCAGCGCCUCCCCAUCUAAUGAUGUCAGCACUCCGUCGGAUGAGAUGCCACGACCUGACCGCGCGGACGCCGAAGACUCUGUUGCUUUUCCAGCAGACAUGUCGACCCCUUCAUCUCCGCCGGCUACCGAGACAACCCCGUCGGACCUUGUAUCUGAGACGUCGUUCAACCCACUACUACCGCCACAAUCAGCUGCAGCCUCUGCGACGACGUCGGCAAUCGACGACAUUUUUGGCGACUUCACGUUUUCCCCUGCUGCCUUAGGGGAUCGACGGGUGGCCAGCGAUCCGUUUCUGACCACGUUCGCCAGCAACGCCGCCGCCUUUCCGACGUCAUAUGCGACGGAACCGGCCGACGCCUCGUCCGACAAUAUGUUUGCCGACUUUGCUGACUUUCAAUCGAGCGUCGGGACCUCCACGUGGGACUUUCCUGCGACGACGUUUCCCCCGUCAACUGCCACCCCCCCGGACGAUUUUACAUUUUAACAAGGCAGUCGUUGUAUGCUGUUGGUAUGAACAACCGAGUACUAUUAAUAGUUAAUCGUAAGUACUAUUAAUAGUUAAUAGUAAGUAUACUCGUUCAGACGAUCAUCGUAUCGUCCGAGUUGUAUAGCCAA